CGUCAUCGAACGCGGCACGUUUGUUGGGGCCCUUUCACUGCUGGCCAACGAUUGACAGAUCAGACAAGACAAGACGACGCUCUUUCACCUACGUGGUCCCUGUCAUUGUCACUAUGCUCACACUAGUCUCGACGCGCUGCACUACUCGGUUCGGUCCGUCGUAGCACUCUUGGCCAGCUUGAAGACGGGACACCUCGACUCGACUCGACUCCUUGCUGCUGCUGUUUUUGCUGCACGACGUAUCUGCGACUCCUCCCUUCCACGCCAAAACGCGACGACUGCGUGCAACUCGAAUCCCCACGCCCACGGAGCUUACACCCGCCGCUCGAGGCGAGCACGAUGUUCGGCAAAUGGCUCCUCGCGGGCAAAUGGCUCAAGGAGCGGCUGCCGACCAAGAUGGCGGCGCUGAAGCCCAGUUUCAACUUCAUCACGCUUCAUUACUUGUAUCUCUUUAUUAUGACGCUUGUUGGGUCGGUUAUCAUCUAUGGAUCGGGCGAUAUGCCGUAUAUCGAUGCGCUCUUUUUUGCUAGCGGGUCUUCGACGCAGAGUGGAUUGAAUACGGUUGAUGUUAAUAAGUUGAAGUUGUACCAGCAGGUCGCUAUCAUGAUCAUCACAUGUAUAUGCACCCCGAUCUUCAUCAAUACUUUCGUCGUCUUCGUGCGCCUCUACUGGUUCGAAAAGCGCUUCCAGAACGUCGCUCAAGCGCGUAGUCUGCGCCACAGCCGCACGUUGUCGCGCAGGAAGAGCGAUACAAAAGGCGCGUUUGAUCGGGAUGUCGGAAACGAAGAGCAUGGCGUCAACAAUCGCGAGAUCCGGUUCUUGCAUUCUGAGCUGGGGAAUGGAACUGAGGCCGCCACAUUUGCGGAUAGGAACGUCUUCGAGGACGCGGCGAACGGCGACGGAAAUCGCAGGCCCAUGACUGCAGACGACGGCCCGCUGUCUCCCAGUGAACGGCCCGUCACACCUGCAAAUCAGCUGCAGUCGAAUGUUGUGUGGGCGGAUAAUCUGGACACGCCUGCACAGCGAGUUCAGGAGCGCGAGCCGGUCGAAUCGCCCUCGAACCGCCUCCCCGUCAAGGACAAGGACAGGAGUAUUGCGCUCGUGGAGAAACAGCGAAAUCCGCAGGAGAAGGCUACUCUGCGUAUCCCCGGCCCGCGCGACUUUGAUCGAGGACAGCUGCCGCAAGCUGUUGUCGAGGGCGAGCAAGACCUCAACAAGGUGCAGACCAGGUCUUCACACGAAUCGGAACUCAUGCGCCAACGCUCGAAAUCGGCUUCUCUCGGCGACGACGACAGCUCAGAGGACCGUCCGGAUUUCAAAAAUCACAUCACCAUCGAUGUUCCGGAUAGGCCUGGCGGACGGGGGCCAACUAAUGGUCCUUCAGUGUAUAACCGUGUGCGACCCAACGAUGCGGAUGUGGUUUCUAAUGGAAUGCAUGUCCGGAAUAGGUCGAGAUCCAAGACUCUGACCAGCUUCCUUUCUAGGGCCAAGGAGGAAGAGGCUGAUCCCAUGCCGUAUCUCAGCUGGACGCCGACUCUGGGACGCAACUCCAACUUUGUUGAUUUGACGGAGGAGCAGAGAGAGGAGUUGGGCGGUAUCGAGUACCGCGCAUUGAAGCUACUGGCUAUCAUCCUUGUCUGCUACUUCGUCGGCUUCCACUUACUCGGCAUGGUCUGUCUGACGCCUUGGGUUGUUCGGGACGCCCGUUACGCGAACCUGAUAUCGGAAGACAAUGUCAACCCUGUCUGGUGGGGGUUCUUCACACCUGCGUCCAUGUUCAACGAUCUGGGCUUCACGCUUACUCCGGACUCGAUGGUGUCGUUCCAGUUUGCUGUUUUCCCCCUGGUGCUGGGCACGUUCCUCAUCAUCAUUGGAAACACGGGAUUUCCGUGCAUGCUGCGGUUUGUCAUCUGGCUCAGCUCCAUGUUCGUCCCUAAGCAUAGCGGUACAUGGGAGGAACUCCGCUUCCUGCUCGACCAUCCUCGGCGAUGCUUCACGCUGCUCUUUCCUAGUAGAGCUAACUGGUGGCUGUUUUGGGUGCUGAUUGGUCUCAACGGGAUUGACUUGAUUUUCUUCAUUGUGCUCGAUCUCAACGACUCAACCGUCACAUCGCUACCCCCUGGCUUCCGCUUCCUCUGCGGCCUCUUCCAAGCAGCCGCCACCCGCACCGCCGGUUUCGCCGUCGUAAACAUCGCCGACCUACACCCCGCGAUCCAAGUCAGCUACCUCGUAAUGAUGUACAUAUCCAUCUUCCCCAUCGCCAUGAGCUUGCGGCAAACAAACGUCUACGAGGAAAAAUCCCUCGGCAUCUUCGCCGACAGCAACGAAUCCGACGAAGAAUCCAGCUUCCUCUCCCACCAUCUCCGCCGCCAACUCUCCUUCGACCUGUGGUUCGUCUUCCUGGGCUUCUUCCUCAUCGCCAUCAUCGAAGGCGAUCGCCUGGAAAACACAAACGACUACGCCUUCACCCUCUUCAGCGUGCUCUUCGAAAUCGUCUCCGCAUACGGCACCGUCGGCCUCUCCCUCGGCUAUCCCGGCGUCAACACGAGUUUCUCGGGGCAGCUACGCACGCUGUCGAAACUCAUCAUCAUCGCUACCCAGAUCCGCGGCAGGCAUCGCGGCCUGCCCUACGCGCUCGAUCGCGCUAUCCUGCUCCCCAGCGAAUCCCUCCACCAGAAAGAAAACGAGGAUGCGACGAGGCGCGCGCGCAGGAAUAGUGCCGCCGCGGGUGUGUUUGGCGAGGAGGGCCUUACUAGGACGGGGACUGGGCAUAGUCGGAAGAGUAGCACGAGCUUUAAGCCGGGCACGUUGAAGCGCAUUUUUAGUGGUGCGUUUAGUGCUGGCCCGAGCGCGCCGAUGCGGGAGAAGAGGGCGUAGUGUGGAGAUGUGUUGUUACGGUGUUUUUGCGAGGAGUUUUUAGAGGGG